GGUGGUGCGGGAGCUCCUGCGCUCGAUGGGUCUCGGUGAGGGCGAGUACGAGCCCCGCGUCGUGCACCAGUUCCUGGACCUGGCCUACCGAUACGUCGGAGACGUGCUAGGGGACGCCCAAGUCUACGCCGACCACGCCGGGAAGGCUCAGAUCGACGCCGACGACGUCCGCCUCGCCAUCCAGGCCAAGGUCAAUUUCUCCUUCUCCCAGCCACCGCCGCGCGAGGUACCAAUCCUACCCUAUUCUCAGUUUGGGCAAAUCAGUUGGCUUAUGUUUAUUUUCUUCUAUCCCCGCCAAAUCGUUGCUUUCUCCCUGGGUUGGUUUUAUACGGCCGAGUCCAUGAAACCUAGUUAUUUUGCUGCCCGUGUAGUUGAAACUUGAUUUCGAAUUAGUUUUGUUUUUGCUGGAUUAGUUUGGUCGAGAACCUGAUAUUUCUUUACCAUUGUUUUUGUUAAUAUAAUAUUAAUAAGAGUUUUGCUGGCAUCUAUCUAAUCAUGAAGUAGUAUCUACUAUUUAUAGUCUUAGUGAAAUUAUGUCUUUUUAAAUUUAUUAAUUGGUCCCUGCUCAAUUCCGUUGAUAGAGAGAUGGAAAUGUCGAUAUACAACAUAGAUUCAGAUAUAUAUUCAGAAAGAGUUUAGAUACUAAAAGCCACAUAGAUUAGAGACAAUAACAUCCUAAUCCAAAACAUAACCAUUAAGAGAAGAUUCAGAAUUCUAAACUACUACAAAAAUUAAUUAUUCAUGUGUUGUAAUAAAUUCUUGAAGUUUCAAAAGCUGUGUCUUCAUGCAUUCUAAUGGUACUUAUCAUUCCCGUGCUGCAUUGCAGAAUAUGGUGAUCUUUUUACUUCCUAUGUCUAUAACAAUUUUAGUUAUUAAAACCACUUUGGCCAUACACUAGGAUCAUAUUGGUUAGGAACUAGCUUUCAUAUGGGAAAAUGACAGCUAGUGCAUUGCGUGCUACAUAAGCUUUAAAUGGUUCAGUUUGAAAUUGAUUGCC